AUGCGGGCGGUGGCGGCGGUGCUGGCGGCCGUGCUGGCGGCGGGGGCUGCCCUGCCCCGCCCGGGACUGCUGCCGCACGGACCGGCCCGCGGCGAUGCCCGGCUGCGACCCGGCGACGACGAGAGCUCGCCCGGGGUGCCGCUCCGCCGAGCCCUGCGCCUCUACGGCCGCGCCGCCCGCCGCCUCUACGUGGGGACCAACGGGGUCAUCUCCACCCAGGAUUUCCCCAGGGAGACGCAGUACGUGGAUGACGAUUUCCCCACAGACUUCCCCGUCAUCGCUCCCUUCCUGGCUGACCUCGACACCUCUGGAGACAGAGGGAACAUCUACUACCGGCACGAUGCCUCUCCGGAUGUGCUGGCCCGGGCUGCGGGCUACAUCCAGGCUGGGUUUCCCCACGCAGCCGGCUCCUUUGUGCCCACGGAUGCGUUCCUUGCCACCUGGGAGGAUGUGGGCGCCUACCAGGAGCUCUCACGGGACACUGAGCCCUCCAAGAAGCUCAACACCUUCCAGGUGGUCAUAGCCUAUGAUGAUGAGGACACCUACGCCAUCUUCCUCUACCCUGAGGGUGGCCUCCAGUUCCUGGGGACACGGCCCAAGGAGUCCUACAAUGUCCAGCUGGAGUUGCCGGCCAGGGUGGGCUUCAGCCAGGGGGAUGGUGAUGACCCGAAGAGGGAUGGGCUUUUCCACAGCCUGGCCAGCAGUGAGCAGGCUCUGAGGCGCCUGGAGAGGGAGAGCAACGCGGGCGUACCCGGAGUGUGGGUCUUCCACGUGGGCAGCACAUCCCCCCUAGAGCACGUGGAGCCAGGGGGCAGACCUGUCCCCAGCACACUGCAGAGCCCCCAACACCAUGCUCGCGCCAAUCCCGUGGCCAUGGAGCAUCUGGCCCGGCCCGGCUCGGAGGCUGUGGCACCACAUCCCGAGCGUGGUCCCCGCGCCCCGGCGCUGCCCGUGGCCCCAGAGUUGGAGCGGGGGCACCCCGAUGAUGGCAGCACCCAGCAGAGCUACUCGGUCAACCCUUCUUCCUACAGCUCUGGGCAUCACGGUGUGGGUGUGGAGGAGGACGUGCAUUUUAACCCCGACGUGUUCACCUACAGCGCAGCCAGCAAGGAGACCUGUGCCCGGCACCAUGGGCACUGCUCCCAGCACGCCUUCUGCACCGACUACGCCACCGGCAUCUGCUGUCACUGCCGGGCCACCUACUACGGCAACGGGCGGCAGUGCCUGCCCGAAGGGGCCGUGCAUCGCCUCAACGGGAAGGUGAGCGGGAGCCUGACGGUGGGACGGACGCCCGUCCGCUUCCAGGACGUCGACCUGCACGCCUACAUCGUGGGCAGCGACGGCCGAGCCUACACGGCCAUCAGCGGGGUGCCGCAGCCCGCGGCACGCGCCCUGCUGCCCCUCCUGCCCAUCGGUGGGCUCUUCGCUUGGCUCUUCGCCCUGGAGGAGCCUGGCUCAGAGAAUGGCUUCAGCAUCACUGGUGCCGAGUUCACCCAGAGCCUGGAGGUGACUUUCUACCCUGGGGACGAAACAGUCUACGUCACUCAGACAGCCGAGGGCCUGGGGCCAGACAAUUACUUAAGCCUUAAGACCCACAUCCAAGGACAGGUGCCGUUUCUCCCGGACAACGUCACUGUGCACAUCGCUCCCUACAAGGAGCUCUACCACUACUCCAGCUCAGCCGUGAUGUCCUCUGCUCACCGGGAGUACGUCCUGGCUGCGGGAACCGCCAACCAGACCCUGUCCUACCGCCUGCGCCAGAACAUCAGCUUCGCGGGCUGCCCGCACACCCGCCUGCCCGCCCGGCAGCGCCUGAGCGUGGCACGAGCCUUCGCCCUCUACGACGGCCACGAGCACGUCCUGCGCUACGCCCUCGCCUCCCGCAUCGGCCCAGCACCCGACCAUGCUGAGAACCCCACGGUGAACCCAUGCCAUGAUGGCACACAUGCAUGUGGGGCACCAGCACGCUGUCAGCCCGGCCCGGGCAGGGACUACACGUGUGAGUGUGCAGCUGGCUACCGUGGGGAUGGCCGGCGCUGCCAAGACGUGGACGAGUGCGUGGAGGCCCCGGGCCAGUGCGACCCCUUCGCUGUGUGCCUCAACGUGCCAGGCAGCUACUUGUGCGAGUGCCACGGCGGGUACCGGCUGGCGGAGGACGGGCGGACGUGUGUGCCUGUGGCACCGGCGACCGACCCGUGUGAGGACGGCAGCCACCCCUGUGCACCAGGGGACCGGGCCCGCUGCCUGCCCGGCGCUGGCGGCCGCCCCACCUGCGAGUGCCUCCCGGGCUACGCCGGCGACGGCAUCCACUGCUCCGACGUGGACGAGUGUGCCGAAAACCUGUGUCACCCGGCCGCUACCUGCUACAACACACCGGGCUCCUUCUCCUGCCAGUGCCAACCUGGCUACGAAGGCGACGGCUUCCAGUGCACGCACGGGAACACGCAGCGGCUGACGCCCUGCCAGCACGAGCGGCUGUACCCACGGGAGGUGCCGCCGGGACCCUCGCCCGUGGGCGAUGGGCACGUGCCCCAGUGUGACGAGGAGGGCCGGUAUCGGCCGCUGCAGUGCCACGGCAGCAGCGGGUACUGCUGGUGCGUGGAUGCUGCGGGGCAGGAGAUCGCUGGCAGCCGCACGGCGCCGGGCAGCACGCCGCCUCGCUGCGGGAGCCCAGAGUCCAUCCAGCAGCUGACCCCCUGCGAACACGAGCGGCUGUACCCACGGGAGGUGCCGCCGGGACCCUCGCCCGUGGGCGACAGGCACGUGCCCCAGUGUGACGAGGAGGGCCGGUACCGGCCGCUGCAGUGCCACGGCAGCAGCGGGUACUGCUGGUGCGUGGAUGCCGCGGGCCAGGAGAUCGCUGGCAGCCGCACGGCGCCGGGCAGCACGCCGCCUCGCUGCGGGAACACAGAGCCGACAGAGCGGCCGCGCAGCAUGUGCGAGCGCUGGCGGCAGAGCUUGCUGGAGCACUACGGGGGCAGCCCCCGUCCCGACCAGUACGUGCCACAGUGCGAUGCCGGGGGGGACUUCACCCCGCUGCAGUGCCACGGGGACAGCGGGUACUGCUGGUGCGUGGACCAGAGCGGCAGGGAGAUCCAGGGCACGCGCUCCGAGCCUGGCACCACCCCACCAUGUCUCCCCAGUGUCGCACCGCCCAGCGUCCGGCCCUCGCCCCGGCCCGAUGUGUCCCCACCGGCCACGGGGACCUUUCUGCUCUACGCCCAGGGCCAGCAGAUCGGUUACCUGCCGCUCAACGGCACGCGGCUGCAGAAGGAGGAAGCCAAGACCCUGCUCUCUCUCCAUGGCUCCAUCGUGGUUGGGAUUGACUAUGACUGCCGGGAGAGGACAAUCUAUUGGACUGAUGUGGCUGGCCGGACCAUCAGCCGGGCGAGUCUGGAGGCAGGUGCUGAGCCAGAGACCGUGAUCAACUCAGGGCUCAUCAGCCCCGAGGGGCUGGCAGUGGACCACCUGCGCAGAGCCAUGUUCUGGACCGACAGUGGGCUGGAUAAGAUCGAGAGGGCCCGGCUGGACGGCUCCGAGCGACGGGUGCUCUUCGACACCGAGCUCGUCAACCCCCGCGCCAUCGCGGUGGACCCCGUCCGAGGCAACCUCUACUGGACGGACUGGAAUCGUGAAGCACCCAAAAUUGAAACUUCUACUGUCAAUGGAGCCAACAGGAGGGUGCUGGUGAACAAGGACAUCGGCCUGCCCAACGGCCUGACCUUCGACCCCUUCUCCAAACUGCUCUGUUGGGCAGAUGCAGGAACAAAGCACCUGGAGUGCACAUUCCCUGAUGGCACAGGCCGGCACCUCAUCCAGAACAACCUCAACUACCCCUUCAGCAUCAUCAGCUACGCCAACCACUUCUACCACACGGACUGGAGGCGGGAUGGUGUGAUAGCUGUUGAUAAAGAGACAGGCUCCUUCACUGAUGAGUACCUGCCUGAGCAGCGAUCCCACCUCUAUGGAAUAACUGCAGUUUAUCCCUACUGCCCCGGAGCAAGGAAAUAGCAACUGCUCCUUAGAGAAACAACAAUCUUUGUACCCAAAAAGAACUUCAGACCCAGAAAACUGUCACUGCAUACAACUAAGGGGGAAAACCCUUCCUCAAGCCCCAUGAAGCCACCUACUUCCCUGCAAAAGAUUACCAAGUGUUUUUUGAAGUUAUACCUCAAGUCUUUACUACUGUAUUUUUUAUUUUAAGGUGAAAAACAAUGAUCUGUUACCAAAAAAAACCAAAAAGCAUGGUCCUGUGAACCCACAGCCCCUGUGCCAACUCCUGCCUAUGCAAGCCAAUGUAAAAUGCAGCCUUCUCAGGCAAAUGUUUUAUUUUGUUGGAAGGAGAAGGGAUUAGUUUUUAAAUGGUUUUGACAACCUGACCAAAAAACACAACCCCAAUACGAGUCUGUGCCUCUGGGGAGCUGUGGAUGCAGUAUCUUGCUGGGUCUAAAUAAUGUCCAGCCCUGGAGACAGAGCCCGUGUGCUCGCAGAACAGUGAUGGGAUAGGGCAAAGGCAUUGGAAGUGCUUCCAGGAGACAACUCUCUGUUUUCACCACUGCCUCAAUGCAUGUCUUUUAGUAUUUAUAUUAGAAGAAUAUGCUAGAAUUGAUCUGUUUGUGCUUGUUGGUUCUCCUAAGUGCCUUCAGAGACCUACCCCACUGUAGACCAAUACAUGUUCAGAAAAAUGCCAUUUACCUUGUAACGCUUCACUUUUGUCUAGGUUACUUCAAUAACUGAAUAAAACAGUUGGUUUAAGUUUU